GGCGACUUCGGUCUUCAUGAGCUCUGUUAACUCCCAUGAGACUAAUGUAUACACGUCUUUACUCUGACUUUAAUAGAGUCUGCCUUAUUUAGUGGACGGGUAGAUCGGGUCCCAUAAUGAUUAAGCAUGUACCAAUGAAACUGAAUAAGAAAAUUAGCCUUUUUGUAUUCUCUCUCGUACAUGCAAUUGGUUACUAAACAUUGGUUUUUAAAAAAAGGUUCUCUACCCCUUGUUGACCUCUGUCACUUCUACCUUUAUUAAACACACACACACACUCUCCCUCUCUCUCUCCAACUGUUCACUUAUUCCUGCAUCACCCCCUCCCCUCCCAAUGGAACAGUAGUUCGGUGGUGUCAUUAAUAGAUUAAUAAUACUACUAGCACACAACUCUCAUACUCGAUCACACACUUUAUCUCUUUGCUGUCGCUUAUUUCAAGGGUCCAUUAAAAGCCUCUACAAUUCCCCAAAAACUUCCGACCCAAACAUGUACACCCAUAAUAACUACUACUACUGCAUGCAGCAGCAGCAGCACUGUCAAAACCACAGAGCUACAUGCACAGUACUCUCAAACCCCGCGUCUUCUCCCCACCGCCCAAGACUAACCACCAUCCUCUCAACUCUGCAAUCAUCAAUUUCCUUUUAAAUGCCCACAAAACAAAUCAACUCAUCUUCAUCCUAUUCCUUUCCAUGCAAAAACAUCAGACAAAAAGAGGCCAAAUACUAUUCAUGUUAACCCUCUCUUCUCUCUUCAUGUGUCCUUGAGACCUUGUUCCAUCUUCUUUCUCUCACUUCAACCCUAGAAGAUUAGAAAAUGACUCCUGUGAAAGGGUUUUUCUCUCUUCUUCUUCUAGUCCUCUUGAUUUGCAUCGUUUCAUGUGAUUCAGACUCAUCGACUGAUCUAAAGACCCUUUUAGAGGUGAAAGAGUCUUUCAAAGACCCACAAAAGGUACUCUCUGACUGGGCGAAGUACAACCCAAGUUUCUGUUCAUGGACAGGCAUUUCCUGCUCUACUGGUGGACUGGUGGUGGGUCUCAACCUUUCCGAUUCGUCACUCGGCGGGUCAAUCCCACCAGCACUCGGCCGUCUUUACGACCUACUCCACCUUGAUCUUUCCUCUAAUCAACUCAUUGGUCCCAUUCCACCAACUCUCUCUAACCUUUCUUCUUUGGAAUCCCUGCUCCUCUUUUCCAACCAACUCUCCGGUCCCAUCCCGACUCAACUCGGCUCGCUUUCAAACCUCCAAAUCCUCCGCAUCGGCGACAAUGGGCUCACCGGCCCACUUCCGGCCACGUUUGGCAAUCUGGUAAACUUGGCCGUUCUUGGGUUGGCCUCUUGCAGUCUCACUGGGCCCAUACCUCCGGAGCUUGGGAACCUUUCCCAGCUUCAGAAUUUGAUUUUGCAGCAAAACCAACUGGUGGGUCCCAUUCCGGGUGUGUUGGGGAACUGUUCUAGCCUGCUUGUUUUCACUGCUGCUGUCAAUGGACUCAACGGGUCAAUCCCAUCAGAGUUGGGUCAACUCAUGAAUCUACAGCUUCUUAACCUCGCCAACAACUCACUCUCUGGCGAGAUUCCGGACCAGAUUGGUGACCUGAGUCAACUCGUUUAUCUCAACUUCAUGGGGAAUCAGCUGGAUGGUUUGAUCCCAAAGUCAUUGGGAAAAUUGGGCAAUCUUCAGAAUCUUGAUUUAUCCUCGAACAAGCUCAGUGGCGAAAUCCCAGAGGAGUUUGGGGAAAUGGGUCAGCUUGUUUACUUGGUCUUGUCAAGCAACAAUCUUUCUGGUGGUUUACCAAGAACUAUAUGCUCAAACACAACCAAUUUGCAGCAUGUAAUGUUGUCCGAAAACCAAUUUUCUGGAGAAAUACCAGUGGAAUUGAGUGAGUGCCAGUCAUUGUUGCAGCUUGAUUUGUCCAACAACACACUCAAUGGCUCAAUUCCAGUGGAGAUUUAUCAGUUAGUUGAUUUAACUGAUCUCCUGCUCCACAAUAACACCUUGGCUGGUUCGAUAUCUCCAUUGAUAGCAAACCUCAGUAAUCUCCAGACACUGGGGCUGUUUCAUAACAAUUUGGAAGGAAAUCUGCCUAAAGAGAUUGGAAUGCUUGGAAAUCUUCAGACUCUGUUUCUCUAUGAAAAUCAAUUCUCAGGGGACAUCCCUAUGGAGAUUGGAAACUGCUCCAGCUUGCAAAUGAUUGACUUCUACGGAAAUCAUUUCACAGGGAACAUCCCAACUACCAUGGGAAUGCUGAAGGAACUGAAUUUCCUUCACCUGAGAGAAAAUGAUCUCUCAGGCGAAAUUCCCACCACUUUGGGCAACUGCCAUCAACUGAAUAUCCUUGACUUGGCUGAUAAUCGUCUCUCUGGCGAAAUCCCACCAACAUUUGGGUACCUCCAAGCUUUACAACAGCUCAUGCUUUACAACAAUUCUCUAGAAGGUAAUCUCCCCAUUGAAUUAACAAAUAUUGCAAACUUGACAAGAAUAAAUCUAUCAAACAAUAGAUUCAAGGGUAGUAUAGCUCCCCUUUGUACCUCUACUUCUUUUCUUUCUUUUGAUGUCACAAACAACGCAUUUGCUGAUGAAAUUCCUCCUGAGAUCGGAAAUUCGCCUUUGCUCGAAAGGUUGAGAUUAGGAAACAAUAAGUUCAUUGGGAAAAUCCCUUGGACAUUGGGAGAAAUCCGGGAAUUAUCUCUGUUGGAUAUUUCUGGGAAUUCUCUCACUGGAUCUAUUCCUGCAGCACUUUCUUUGUGCAAGAAACUAACCCACCUUGACCUAAACAACAAUCAUCUCUCGGGACCGAUUCCGUUGUGGUUGGGUAGUUUGCCUCAGUUGGGUGAGUUGAAGCUCUCAUCCAAUCAGUUUUCUGGGAUUCUUCCCAUUGAAUUAUUCAAUGCCACCAAUCUUCUGGUGCUUUCUCUUAGUGAAAAUUCGCUCAACGGAACUCUCUCUCCUGGGAUUGGGAAACUUGCAUCCCUUAAUGUCCUUAAUCUCGAACAUAACUACUUUUCGGGAUCCAUCCCCCCUACCAUAGGCGAGUUAAGCAAGCUUUAUGAACUUCGACUCUCCGGCAACAGUUUCAGUGGGGAAAUACCAAUUGAGAUUGGACAGCUCCACAAUCUUCAAAGCAUUCUAGACCUCAGCAAUAACCACCUCACUGGCAAAAUCCCACCUUCUAUCGGAACACUGUCGAAACUCGAAACUCUCGACCUAUCUCACAAUCAACUGGUGGGGGAAAUCCCUCCACAAGUCAGUGCAAUGAGUAGUUUGGGCAGGCUUAACCUCUCCUACAAUGAUCUUCAAGGCAAACUGGACAAGCAGUUCUCACACUGGCCACCGGAGGCAUUUGCAGGAAACUCACAUCUCUGCGGAGCCCCUCUUGAACACUGCAAAAACACCAAGUACAGGAAUCAGCAGUCCGGUCUAAGAGAAACAGCAGUGGUAGUGAUUUCAGCUAUUUCAACUAUAGCUGCGAUUGCUCUAUUGAUAAUAGGGGUUGCCUUCAUCUUCAAGCACAAGCGAGGAGAAUCCUUUAGGAGAGCCAGUGAAGUGAACAGUUACUCUUCCAGUUCAUCCCAAGUGCAGAAACGACCUCUCUUCCGAAACGGUACUGUCAAGCGGGAUUUCAGAUGGGAAGAUAUUAUGGUAGCUACAAACAAUCUGAGCGAUAACUUCAUUGUUGGGUCAGGCGGGUCUGGAACUGUAUACAAAGCUGAUUUGAUCACUGGAGAGACAGUGGCAGUUAAAAAGAUACCAAGGAAAGGUGAUCUUCUGCUGGAUAAAAGCUUUGCGAGAGAAGUUAAGACGCUUGGGAGGAUAAGGCACAGGCACCUUAUGAAGCUAUUGGGAUACUGCAGCAACAAAGGGGGAGGCUCAAAUCUUUUGAUAUACGAGUACAUGGAGAAUGGAAGUGUAUGGGAUUGGCUUCAUCAGCAACCAGUGAACGGGAAGAAGAAGAAGACCCUUGAUUGGGAACCAAGGCUCAGGAUAGCAGUGGGAUUAGCUCAGGGAGUGGAGUACCUCCACCAUGAUUGCGUGCCUAAGAUCAUUCACAGAGACAUUAAAUCCAGCAACAUAUUGCUGGACUCUAACAUGGAGGCACACUUGGGGGAUUUUGGGUUAGCAAAAGCGCUCGUAGAGAAUUGCGACUCAGUAAAUACUGAAUCAAACUCAUGGUUUGCUGGAUCCUAUGGUUAUAUCGCUCCAGAGUAUGCCUAUUCUUUAAAGGGAACAGAGAAGAGCGAUGUUUACAGCAUGGGUAUUGUCUUGAUGGAGCUUGUUAGUGGAAGAAUGCCUACCGAUGGAACUUUUGGUGUGGACAUGGAUAUGGUACGAUGGGUUGAGACACGCAUCGAAAUGCAAGGAACUGACCGUGAGGAGCUAAUAGAUCCUGCGCUGAAGCCAUUGAUGCCCUAUGAAGAAUGUGCUGCGUACCAAGUUCUGGAAAUAGCACUGCAGUGCACAAAAACUGCCCCAGCAGAGAGGCCAUCCUCCCGGAAAGCAUGCGAUCUCCUCCUCCAUGUAUUUAACGAUAGAGUGUUGUAUUCUGAGAAGACAGGUCUAGAUCCAUAUGCAUAGUCAAUGAAAUCAAAUUAGUUUCGGAAAAUUGUAUUCAAGCAUAUUGUGUGAAUAAAGAGAACAGUCAACACAACCAACUUCUCUGUUU